AUGGAAGAAAAAGGGGUUGGCCAGCAGCGGUAUAGAUUUAAACAUCAGUCGGCCUCGCUCUCCGUCGUGAACCAGCAGCACGCCGCGGCUCGUUCGCGCGUCGCCAGCCCGCCCAGCAACGGCGCGAGCAAACUGGCCGACUCCAUCGUUGGUCUGUUUGAGGCCCGUCAUCCCGGAUACAAUCUCAGUGCCAUAGUGAGGAAGUCCACCGUCCAGCACAUUGGCCACUCCCCGGUGCUUGAUGCGUCUCUCGCCGCAAUGGUUGGUAUUGUAGAGUCCCUGGCGUCUGUGGAGUCAUCAUCAUCGUCAUCACGACUGCAACUAUGCCGCUCAAGCACCGGGCCUCUCCACAAGUACACGUCUGCCCUGGGCGCGCUCCGCGAGAGCUUGGAUAAUCCCGUCAUCCGGUACCAGACGGACACCCUGCUCGCUGUGUUUGUGCUCUCCUUCUGCCACAUGUGGCUGGUUGACGGUGCUGAUGAGUCUCGCGGCCAUAUGGACGGGCUGGCGCACUUGAUCACUGCCGUGUUAAAUAACGAUGUACAACUACAAGAUCAAGCUCAGUUUUCUGAUGACGCUCUGAAGCUUGCCGCAAUACAAUUGCUUCGGUCAAGCGCGUUCAACAGUGAAAUUCACAUUUAUCCCUGGAUAUUCAAAGUGUUUGAUGCAGCGGCCGAGCCGCGCCAUCUUACGCCUCGGCCAUGGCACAAACGCAAGACGAAGAAACCGCUUUGGCCGUACGACUUCUACUGUCUUGACAUCAGCGUGUACCUGAUCAUACCGCAGCUGCUGCGACGCCCGAGGGAAAACAUCAAAUCAAUCGAAUUGAUAUACAACAUGAUCAGACACGCCUAUCCAAGAUGCGUUAGAGAUGUAAGCCCCACGCAUGAUUUGACCGUCGAGGAUAAAAUAGAGCACGAAGCCUUUAUGCAGGCCAUCCAAGUGGAAGCACGGUCGCUUCACAUCGCCAUCGGCCUCAACUUCAAUGCCUUCCUGCGCGCAUCUGGCAGAGACUUUGAUGACAGGCAACUAGCAGAGGACCGGGCCACAUUUUGCGCCGAUGCCGCCACGCUGGCAGACAAGUCCAAGUCUCAGCUUCCGUUAAGCGCGCACCACAUCCCUCUGUCCACAAUUGCGGCAUGGUGCACCGCAGAGCAAGGUUCUGAUUUGGAAAUCAGGCUACGCCAGCUGCUGGAAGAUUACCGCUCUUCGUACGCCAUGAUCCAUGUCUUGCAUUCUGCUCCUUACUGGCGGGAAGCCCCGGAAAAACUGACGCGUGAGAUCCCUUGGUUCCCGAAAUAUAUUGGCAAUCAACGAGGAAGUACGGCGAGCACCGAGGAUAAGGAUGAUGGGUUUGACGCAGAAAUGUACGAGUAUUGCUGCAUUUUGUGA